AUGAAUACUAGCUCCCCGGCCGAUCAAGAUGCUGCUUCGAGUCCAGCUCAAAACAAACAAGCUGCAUGCCUCGAAUGCCGACGAAGCAAAGUAAAAUGUACUCGUGACGCCAAUGCUACCAUCUGUCGGAAAUGUCAACAAGCUGGCCUACAAUGUGUUACUCCAGAGUAUCACGUUGGGAGAUAUAAAGGCGUCAAGAACAAGCGGACAGGCUUGGAAAAGGCAAUUUAUCAAGUCGAACAGGCAAUCAAACGUUCCAAGGACGGCUCGACUGGACUUGCUCUUGACGUGGAAGCAGACCUUCGACAAUUGAUAUCUGCUCCUCAAACAGCGCCUCUACGACGGCAUUCAACUUCAAAUGUCCAUAGUUCUCCGUCUCACCCCCCACUGGUCCAUCCACGAAUGAAUCUACAUCCUGUCAAAGAGAAUGGCAUUUCACCUACUGCUCACGAAGUAUCGCCUGCGAAUAUGGGCGAGAAGCCAGAUGAGCUCGCGCUCAACAAUGCAGAUAAUCCCCUACAACUCCUCGCCAUGGCUUCUGUUCUUCCGGGCCAGUCUCCAUCAACAAACAUGUCAACUUCCCCGGCCGGCACACUUGCGCACCAGACAUCUAUCGAGUCUAAUCUGGCUGAUGCAGACCUACAACAAUUUUUUGGUUCGCUGAUGUCAAACCUGGACAAUACCCCGGAACUUGAUCCCAUUGAGAUAGGCCUGGUGACAACAGAGGAAGCAGACACCCUCUUCGCGUUCUUCUACGAGCGAUUAUCUCACACUAGGUGGGGCCUCGAUCCGACAUUGCAUACUUCAGCAUUCGUACGUUCCAGGUCGGCAUUUUUGUUUACAUCCAUAUUGGCCGCGUCCGCUUUGUUCUUACCUAAAGCAGAGGCACUGUGGAAGCGACUUUCUCACCACAGAAAUCAUCUUGUACGAACCGUCAUUUACAACAAGUAUAGAUCGGUCGAGAUUGUGCUCGCAUUCAUGGUCAACAUUCCUUGGAUGACGCCUGCAAAGCACUGGGCUGAUGAUGAGACUUGUGCAUAUUUGUCUGCGGCGCUCACUCUGGCUUUGGACCUCUCACUGAACAAAAUCGUGGUCCCCUCUCCCACUAUUCGUCCGGCUGGGUUCCUUGAUCGAAUAGCAAAAGCCGACUGUAUUGAUGCGACUAGAGCCCUUCAGAUCGAUGGCUUCCCGAAUGUCGACCCAACAUCAGCUUGGGGCCGUCGUUUACUGAGGACCCGAGAACGAGUAUACCUUGCAUUGUUUGUGCUUGAUCGAGGUAUCUGCUUGGCGAGAGGACGACCCUACGCUGUGCCUAUUGGGCCCUUGGUGGAAAGUUGCGACACGUGGCAUAUCUCCGAUAUCGCGGAUCGUUGGGAUGGUAGUGUUAUCUCUGCUGCUGUCUUGAGACGCGAUCUGGUGGGGCUGAUCACAGGCGUUCGCGAAUUCUGUGACGGGAGUCAGGGCAUUAAUGGCGGCUCGACCGCAGUCAAAUUUCUCAAGGACAAGAUCGACCGAUUUUUCGAGCAAUGGUUCGCAGUAUGGUCACGACAAAUCACGCAGGGCGAUGGACAGCUACCACCCUACGUCGAGAUCCUGGCUUCCCACACAAAGUUGUCCACAUACUGUAAUGUUGUCAAUCAUCCGACAGCUUCGAACGACGUUAAACAGUUCUUUCGAGCCGCUGGUCUCGCCUCAGCAAUGAAUGUGAUGCGGGCGGCGGUCCAAGGUGAAAACAGGCUUAAAUCUAUGCCUAAUAAUACCGUCAUCAUGGUAUCAUUUGCAGCAUGCUUUGCAUUGGCCUUGGGCGCCACUGCUUUCGGAGGCAGGACUAUGCUGGCUCCAAAUGCCAGAUCUCUCAUUGAAGAGACCACUCAGGUGCUUGAGCGCAUUGGCAGUACCCCAAAACACCGCAAAGGACUUUCAGUCCUCUUUGCUAGGCAUAUUCGUCGGAUCCUGCAAAGCUCGCUUCUCAAUCCAGCGGAUGGAAAUCCAGCCAAUAUCAUAGGCGGUUCAGAACAGGCAAUGCAUCAAGGCAACCCGAACGUCGACUACUCAUCAUCCUCCAAUGCCCCAGUCAACAUGCCAAAUGUCUCUUCUGAACCUUACGUCUUCGACAUGACUGAUGAUCAAAUCUUGGAGGCCAUCAAUAACGCAAGUGCGUCCCAAGAACUAUUCCAACUCGAUGAGACCAUGUUUAUGGACUGGCUGGAUUGGCCCAAUGUUACAUGAUACGAAUAGAUGCUGUGGAGUCAAGAUGAUUUUUGGCCAAUUUCUAUUGAGCCUUCUGGACUGAUGCAGAUACUGGAAGAUUCUCAGCGGCACUCACUUCCCUCGACAGAUUGACAAGCUUUUGCAGUUGCUCGAGAAAGAUGAAAGUGAGCACAGUAUUGGGACUGGAACAGUCAGUGGCCGUGUCGCUAUGAAGGCAACAGGUUGGAUACUUACGCCAAUCUUAGCCAGGCUGGAGUCCAGCCCUUGAAAAGGAACCGCGGGCCCUCAUUGCGCAG